AUGGUCAAGCACCACGACUUCAAACGAUGUGACCAGUCAGGCUUCUGCAAGAGAAAUAGAGCUUUGGCAGAUACUAUGCUUGCAAGAGGAAACCCCGACUCGUCUCCGUAUCAGCUAGACGCCGCUUCGAUUAAAUACAAGGAUGGCCGCUUGGACGCUUCUAUCAUCAAAUCCCUGCGUGGGGGCGAUGCAGUCAAACUACCCUUAACCAUCACCUUCCUCGACCGCGGCAACGUACGAAUCGUGGUCGACGAGGAAAAGAGGAAGAAAGGCGAUAUUGAGCUGCGACAUGGCAGUGCUGCAAGAAAAGAGAGAUACAACGAAGCGGGCGCUUGGGCGUUGACUGGAGCUGGACUCCAACCUGAAAAAGCGGCUUACAUGCGGAGAAAGGGCGUCACAGAGGUAACCUGGGGACAAGAUGGUCGCUUCAAGGCAACAAUCCAACAUGCUCCCUUCAGCGUGGAAUUCUGGUCAGGUGAAGAGAAGCAGGUUGUAUUCAAUGGACAGGGAUUCCUUAACAUCGAGCAUUGGCGAUCCAAAGUUGACAAGCCACUGGGGGAUGAGAACAGCACUGAUCCAGAACCGGCUGGGCCAGCCGAAGACGAGAGCACUUGGUGGGAGGAGAGCUUCGGGGGCAACACCGACUCCAAACCCAGGGGACCAGAGAGCGUGGCACUGGAUAUUAGCUUUCCAGGCUAUGGUCAUGUCUAUGGACUUGCAGAGCAUGCAGGGCCUCUGUCACUGAAGGAGACUCGUGGCGGCGAGGGCAACUACGACCAACCAUAUCGGAUGUUCAAUAGCGACAUCUUCGAAUACGAGCUCGAUAGCCCUAUGACACUGUAUGGAUCGAUUCCAUUCAUGCAAGCGCACAAGAAAGAUUCCACUGUCGGCGUAUUCUGGCUGAAUGCUGCCGAAACGUGGGUGGACAUCACAAAGUCGAAACACGAUACCAACCCUCUCACCCUUGGCCUGACCGGCGGUAUCGUCGACACCCAUACACAUUGGAUGUCAGAAAGCGGCGUUCUCGACGUCUUUGUCAUGCUGGGCUCAACUCCAAAAAAUCUGUCCAAAUCCUACAGCGAAUUGACUGGUUACACUGCCAUGCCUGCGUCCUUCGCCAUCGGGUACCACCAAUGCCGCUGGAACUAUGUCAGCGACGAAGACGUCAAAGAUGUGGACCACAAAUUCGACAAAUUCAACAUCCCCUACGACGUCAUCUGGCUGGACAUUGAAUACACCAAUGACAAAUCAUACUUCACUUGGGAUCCUUUGAACUUUCCGGACCCGAUCUCCAUGGAGAAACAACUUGAUGAGACUGAACGAAAACUGGUGGUCAUCAUCGACCCACACAUCAAAAACAAGGAAGGUUACCAUGUUGUUGAAGAACUCAAGAGCAAGGACUUCGCCGUCAAAAACAAAGACAGCAACAUCUUCGAGGGCUGGUGCUGGCCGGGGUCGGCGUCCUGGAUCGACACUUUCAACCCGGCUGCCCGAAGCUGGUGGAAAUCCCUCUUCACAUACGACCGCUUCAAAGGCACCCAGUCUAAUGUCUGGCUGUGGAACGACAUGAACGAACCAUCCGUGUUCAACGGGCCUGAAAUCUCGAUGCCGCACGACAACAUCCAUCAUGGGAAUUGGGAGCAUAGAGACGUGCAUAAUCUCUAUGGCUUGACCUUCCACAACGCGACAUACUACGCCCUUCUCGAGCGCAAAAAGGGCGAAACGCCCCGCCGACCGUUCGUGCUUACACGCUCGUUCUACGCUGGCUCUCAACGCUCCGCGGCAAUGUGGACAGGCGACAACCAAGCAAACUGGGAACACCUCGCCGCCUCGAUUCCCAUGAUCCUCAACCAAGGUGUCAGCGGCUUUCCCUUUGCUGGCGCUGAUGUAGGCGGUUUUUUCGGCAACCCAAGCAGAGAACUUCAGACGAGGUGGUAUCAAGCUGGUGCUUUUUACCCUUUCAUGCGUGGCCACGCGCAUAUUGACACGAGGAGGCGCGAACCCUACAUGCUAGGGGAGCCGUAUACAAGCAUCAUGACUCAAGCACUGCGGCUCCGCUAUUCGCUGCUUCCGGCGUGGUAUACUGCAUUCCAUGAGGCCGCCACAGAAGGAUAUCCGAUUGUUCGAUCUCAGUAUUUCGUUCAUCCGGGCGACGAGAGAGGCUUCGAAAUCGGUGAUCAAAUGUAUCUUGGCUCCUCAGGCCUGCUUGUCAAACCCGUCACACAAGAGGGCGGCGAGAGCGUCGACGUAUACCUUGCAGACGACGAAAACUACUACGACUACUUCGACUACGCCGUUUACUCAGGGCGUGCGGGACGAUCACAUACUAUAUCGGCACCACUCGAGAAAGUUCCACUGCUCAUGCAGGGUGGCCAUAUUUUCCCAAGGAAAGAUCGCCCGAGGAAGAGCUCAGGGCUGAUGAAAUGGGACCCCUACACUCUUGUCGUUGUUCUCGACAAGAAGGGAGAAAAGGCGGACGGAACACUUUAUGUGGACGACGGCGAGACAUUUGAUUAUCAGCUUGGAGCGUACAUCCAUCGGAACUUCUCAUUUGAGAAUGGUGAGCUAAAGAGUACGGAUAUUGGCAAGAAGGGCGCGAAGACUAUCACAUACCUCAAAACGAUGAAGGACGUCAAGGUUGAGAAGAUCAUUAUCGUCAAUGCUCCUGCUCUUUGGUCGUCAGUAGGUGAGGUCACCGUGACAGAAGACGGUGUCCGAGGAAGCAGACAAGUCGAGCUGAUUUACCACGCCCCAACCGCAGGAAAGGCUGCGUGGGCGGUGGUAAGGAAUCCCGCAACGCCUGUCGGUGUCGACUGGAGGAUGUCCUUUCCUCAAGCGUCAGACCCGGCGGUCAAGACAGAACUAUAG